AAAAAGAAAAAGCAUUUUCCAUUCGCUUCUUCCAUCUCUCUCUCUCUCUCUCUCUCUCUCUAUCACACUCUCUGGGAAUCGGAUCCAAAGGAGCGGAGGCCAACCAGAAUUAACUGAAAACCCUAACCCUAGCCGCGACUUAUCCGUUUCUCCGUCCCCUCUCUCUCCUCCUCUAUCACUCUCAGCGGGUGUCGCACGUGAAGACUGAACCUCUGACAACCCCAAUUAGGGUUAGGGCUCGGGGCUAGGGUUUCUUGUUUGUAGCAGGUCCGGUUGAAUUCGGGGUUGGGAGGAGCUAGGGGCUGAGGUUGGAGCUCCCUGUCAUGGAAUGCGUCGUGGCUGAUGGCCGUGGCUGCUGUGGGCUAUGAGCGGGGGCCGAUGUCAGCUUCAGAGGGAGGAGAUGACGACGGGCGCCGGAGCGGAGGGCGGUCGUGGCGCCGAAGAAGUAACUUUCCCCAUUUCUAGACGUUCCCAAAUGCCGGAGGUGUCCACUUCGGAGCUUGGGUUUAAUUCCGAUUUCUUCUCUCGGGCUCGCAAGGCCCUGUCGGAGCGCUCACCUUUUGAUAUCCCGGAGGAUGCUUCAGCUCCCUUGACCGCGGUGCCUACCCUCCCCGGUGAAUUGGCUGCUCUGCUGAAGCAUUCUGAUAGUAGAAAAAGGAAUAAGAAGUCACACUCGGGUGGGGACAAUAAGAAGAAGAAGAAGAAGUCUGCUAAACCUGGGGAACGGCCUCGGGGCCGUGACAUAUGGAGUGAAACCGAGGAUUACUUUAGGGACCUAAAGUUGCCCGAUAUCGAUAAUCUGUCUGACGUAGCUUCAGGUAGUUCGUUAGCUGCGACAAAGUGUCUUGCGCUUCAACAUUAUGAGAGCAAUAAUAAUAGGGAUAAUGCAGAGGGCCCUGAUAGCGGCAAUUGCGAUGGAGCUGUACAUAGAGAAGAUAAGGAAGCUAUGGAAUUAGAUGAUGUAGAGGACGAACAGGCCUGUUCUGUUUCGGGGUCUUGUAGUAGUAGUUUAGAGUGGCUUUUAGGUUGCAGGGAUAAGAUUUAUUUGACCACUGAGCGGCCGUCCAAAAAACGGAAGCUUCUAGGCAGUGAUGCUGGCCUGGAAAAGGUUUUUGUUGCUCACCCUUGUGGAGACGACUCCACCAUAUGUGAUUUUUGCUGCUUGGGUGCUAGUGGCACGGAUUCAAAUCCAUUGGUAGUCUGCAGUUCUUGUAGGGUCACCGUCCAUAGGAAGUGUUAUGGAGUAGUAGAGGAAGCCGGUGGGUCUUGGCUGUGUUCAUGGUGCAAGCAGAAAGAAAGCCGAAGUCGGUCGGAUUAUUCCUGCGUUCUCUGUCCCAAGCAGGAAGGUGCCUUGAAGCCUGUUCAGACUAGCGGGCUGGUAGAAUUUGCGCACUUGUUCUGUUCCCAAUGGAUGCCUGAGGUUUACAUACAGGACCUGACAAGGAUGGAGCCAAUUCUCAAUGUUGAAAGAAUUGCAGAAACUCGGAGGAAGUUAGUCUGUAACGUGUGCAAAAUCAAGUGUGGUGUCUGCGUACGGUGCAGUCAUGGAACUUGCAGAACUUCUUUUCAUCCUAUUUGUGCCAGGGAAGCUAGACAUAGAAUGGAAAUAUGGGGGAAAUUUGGUGAUGAUAAUGUUGAGCUGCGGGCAUUUUGUUCUAAACAUUCAGAAGUUCAGCCUGGUGGUAUUGUGUUACAGUCAGAAGGUACUUCGAUGACUGCUGCUGAUGACUCUUAUACUGGUUGUUCUUCUCCCGGGACUUUGCCCGUGAAAGAGUCACAGAAUUCAAAAGUUAGCUGCAGAAAUGGAGAUGAAGCAGUGAUGCAACUGGAAGAGCCAGAUAGCUCUGAGGUAUCAGACUGUAGCGAAUUGCAGGAGGUGUCACUAAAUGAUACAAAAAUUAGUUCUGAACAUAAUUCAGGAACUGAUGCCUGUCAGCUCAACUUUCUGGAUAAGGUUGAGACAAAUUAUGGGGAAGAAGCCAAGGAGAUUGAUCCCCUCAAUCUUUUGCUGGUGUUAAAAAAGUUAAUUGAUGGAGGAAAAGUUAGCGUGAAAGAUGUGGCAUCAGAUAUUGGGGUCUCACCUGAUUCAUUAGCUGCCAAACUUGCAGGUGAUAGCUUGCUACCUGAUCUGCGAUGCAAACUAGUCAAGUGGCUUAAGAGUCAUGCUUAUUUGGGUACUGUGGAGAAAGAUCCGAAACUAAAGAUACGACGAGCUGUUUCCACUAAGGCUCGUGAUGGAGUAACUGAUGACUCUGAUUCUGUUGCAGUAUCAGUGUCUGAUGUUUCUCAUCCUGUUGCUGUUAAAUCAGUACCACCGCGAAGAAGAACCAAAAGCAACAUAAGGGUAUUAAAGGAUAGCAAUUUGCUCUGCUCUUCUGAUAAUACUUCAGCAGUGGACAACAUGAGUCAUGUUGAACUAUCAAAAAAAAACAUAAGUCAUGUUGUCCUUGAAGAAGCAGAUGAAUCCUUGUCGUUAGCUGAUGUCCUUGACAAGCAGAAGAGUGAAGCUGAUAGCUUUGAGGAUUCUUUGCCUAGGGACUCAAAAGCUUAUGACGGUUCUAAUGAAGGAGAAACAUCUCAUGGGGUUAUUUCUGCCAAUGCCUUUGAUAGCUCUAAUACUCAGCAUCAGCAAUUGAAGAGCAAUAGCGCAAACCGUGAAACUGCUGGAGCGAAUAUAGACCAGUUGGCUGAGGCCAGAAAAAUGGGACUGUUGGAGUUGUCUCCGGAUGAUGAAGUGGAAGGAGAAAUUUUCUAUUUCCAGUAUCGGUUGCUUCACAAUGUUAGGUCAAGAAAGCCGAUAAGUGAUAACUUGAUAAGAAGUAUUGAGAAAUCUCUGCCACAGGAGAUAGAUGCAGCACACAGCCAAAAAUGGGAUGCUGUCCUCUUAAAUCGAUAUCUUUAUGAGCGUAGAGAGGCAAAGAAGCAGGGGAGGAAGGAGAAAAAGCACAAGGAAGCUCAGGCUGUCCUUGCUGCUGCAACUGCUGCAGCUGCGGCUUCAUCUAGAUCUUCUUCGUUUAGGAAAGACCCUCUUGAUGAUUCAGCAAAUCAGGAGAAGUUCUUGAAUGUGAAUAUCACGAACGGGAGGGCUGGACCACGAGCAAGUGAAACUGUAUCAAGAGUGGGUAUGCUGAGAGAUUCAGCAGAUAGACACGUUGAUUUUGGCAAGGAAUAUACGAAGUUGUGCGAUAUCUGCAGUCGGGCUGAGAAGAUCAUGAACCCCAUCUUAGUUUGCUCAAGUUGCAAGGUGGCAGUACACUUGGACUGCUAUCGCAAUGUUCGAGAAUCCACCGGACCUUGGUAUUGUGAAUUAUGUGAAGAUUUGAAAUGUUCUGGAGCACGUGAUGUCGAAUUUUGGGAGAAAUUCGGUUCUGUUUCAGAAUGUGCUUUAUGCGGUGGCACCACUGGUGCUUUUAGGAAAUCCACUAGUGGUCAAUGGGUCCAUGCCUUCUGUGCUGAGUGGGUCUUUGAAGGCACAUUUAGAAGGGGACAAGUAAAUCCUGUUGUGGGGAUGGACACUAUCUCGAAAGAAUUGGAUGAGUGCGUCAUCUGCCACCACAAAUACGGUGUCUGCAUAAAGUGCAACUAUGGUCACUGUCAGAGCACAUUUCAUCCGUCGUGUGCUAGAGGUAGUGGCUUAUUCAUGAUUGUGAAGUCUGUGGGUGGCAAGUUGCUACACAAGGCUUACUGCAUGAAGCAUAGUUCAGAGCAGAAGGCAAAGGUCGAAUCACAAAGAUAUGGGGCUGAGGAGUUAAAGAGCAUCAAGCAGAUCAGGGUCGAACUGGAGAGGUUACGCCUUCUCUGCGAGCGAAUUGUGAAACGGGAGAAAGUGAAGAGGGAAAUUGUUCUCUGCACGCAAGAGAUACUCUCUCUGAAAAGGAACACAGCUGCUCGUUUGGCGCUUGCACAAAGUCCUUUCUUCCAUCCCUCUGCUGAUGUGAGUUCGGAUUCUGCCACCACCACAUCCAUCAACAACCGAUCAGGCAGUGAAGCUACGGCUGUCCAAAAGUCGGAUGACAUGACUGUGGAUAGCUCAGUUGCUGGUAAGAGGCGUCCCAGAGUCACUUUCUCUCUUGGGAGUAGUGGCACCGACCACAGGACAGAUGAUGGCUCCACAUCUCAUCAGAAAAACUUGAUCCGUAAACCGAGUGGCAAGGCUCCACUUCCAGGGAAGACGAUCCCCAAGAGGCCACCACCUCCUGUUGCAUCCCGCAAUCUCUCCGAUGAUGGAGAAAUAAGGCUGCAGCAGUAUAAGAAGCGGACGGAAACAUUGGAGAAGGAGCUUGUGAUGACAUCUGAUCAGGCAGAUCUGAAGAACAAGCUGUUACCUAAAGGCUAUGCUUACGUUCCUUCUGACAGCAUCCCUCCCAAGGACAAGUGGACUAACCGUGAUUCAUGCCCCGGCGAGCCAUUAGAAGAUGGUGGGUAAAAAGGACUUGGGCCCAGAGGCAAUUUCUCGGGUUUUAUACAACUUUCUCCCUCAUGGCCUGAAGAAUGAGUAAGACAUUCAUCUCAGGUAAAUUGCACCGAAGAGAUGGCAAUUAACUGCGACUGUGUGCUAAGGCCGGGAUCCCCAGUCCCUAAUUGCCCCGACCAGAUGAGGGCAUUUAAUCAAUCGAGGCCAUUGUUGUACAUUCAUUUGUUUGUAUACAAGGAAUUGGAGAAAUGUGUCUGCAGUUUGUAAAGGUGGUGUACAUAUAUUUUCUCAGUAAUCAUCAAUAGAAAUAGGAUUUUGAUGUGGA